AAACAUUUGACAGGCAUGUCAGGUCACAUUUGCCGGUGCCGUACUUCAUAAACUUAUGUUAAAAAAUGUAAGAAACACGAGUAACUAUUAAAAGAAUAAAUACAUUUUACGAUAUAUUCCAUGUGUUCGAUCGGUUUAUAAAUAUCCAAUAACGGUUGCUGCAGACAGUGUAUUUUCGUCCAUUAUUGACCGACUUUCACCCACGGGUCGCCCUAAUUCCUGACGUCAGUUUCAUCCAAAUCGUCGAGACGCAGUAAGCUUACACCCAACAAUUUUCGGUUUGGAUUUCUCAGAAUAAAAUGCAAUUUCUUUAGACAGUCCUAAAGAUUAGAUUACAGAGAUAUUACGCUAUGACCCUGUCAGUCACAAAGGAGUUUGUGUAUGUGUUCACCAGUAAGGACCAAGAGUCAACACUUCGUGUCCCAGUCCCAAUACCACAUAAACAAUCAGCAGAAGAUCUCACUGGCAGACUUAUAUAUGAACAUAAUCUGCCAUGUUAUGUUGAAAAAGAUUUGUCAUCCAAACUUGAGGAGUUUGUUUGCCAAGAGACCAAUAAGCUGUCUGAUGAGAAUGCUCAGGAGGCAUUGGACAGAGUGAGGUCGGGAGAUGUGGACGUGGAAGCAUUGGCUGCACAGUGGGAGAGGGCGUACACACAGGAAGUGAAGGACUUUGCGGCGCCAGAAGUUGUGAGUAAGGAACAGCAGUUCUCGGAGGUGUACCACUCGCUGAUUCAUUCCCCCGCCCUGGAGACACUUCUUAACCUCGAGCACACAUAUGCACUCACCAUCGAGGACCUGAUUAAUCAGCGGGACAAAGAUCUGGAACAUCUCGAUCAGAUCCAGCGUGAGGACAUGGAGAAGGCAGUGAAAAGUCUUGGGGUGUCGUACACGGACGAGCAGAUCAACCAGCUGGCUCAGCAGCACUUUGAGAGCACCCAGAUGAUUGAGGGCAAGUGGGCCAACGAGCUCAGCAACCAGCACGAGAUCCAACGACGAGAGUUCAGAGACUGGGUCAUGAAAGUCCACGAGGACAGUCGCUCUGGUAACGGGACACCAUCAUACAUGCAUCGUGUACGUGCCAUGACGAGCAACCUGCCUGAUGCUGAGGAGGAGGAGAGGACAGCCGUGACUCGUAUGGAGGAGAGCUUCACCAUCAUACUGGGUGCCCAGUUAAAGACAACCCACAACCUGCGCCUGCUGUGUGCCAGCCCACUGGAUCUGUGCAGACACAAACCACACACUGUGGGUGGAGUGAUGCUGGCCCAGCCUCAGAGACUCCAGACAGCCAUGUCCCUGUACUCCAACAACCUCAAUGGCCUCAUAUUACUGGUGGACAGCCGCCUCAACGCAUACACGGGCAUCAAGAAAGAGUUCUCGAAGGUGUGUGAGCGUUCCACUGACUUCCACUUCCCCAACCUGAACCAGCAGUUUGCACAAAUACAGGAGCAGCUACAGAAGGCGGGGCCACUGAGGAAGGGCCAGGGGUCAGGGGAGGAGGCAGACAGGGCCAGUGUCAAGAGUGGGGCCUCAUAUGGGGACACACAGGAGAAGCUUGGCAGGCUGUGUACAGGGGACUUCUAUCUGACACGACACUCCAACCUGUCCGAGGUGCACACUGUGUUCCACCUGGUGACGGACGAUACAGUGCGCGGCGACAUCUCCUCGCGCCACCCCCUAAUCCUCAGCCUGCGCAAUAUCAUCAAGCAGAGUUUCAGAUACGACAUCAACACUCUUACCAUACCCCUGCUGUUAACGCACGAGAUGUUAGAGGAGAUGACGAUCCCCUGGUGCAUGAAGCGUGCUGAGCUAGUAUUCAAGUGUGUCAAGGGCUUCAUGAUGGAGAUGGCCACGUAUGGGGGACACCAGUCACGCAACGUACAGUUCCUUGUACCACUGGGGAUAUCGGACACACUGUUCAUGGGCAUCAGCAAUAUGCUGCCAACAAUAUUCCGACUUUCCAACCCCGUGUACAUGGCCAAACCUGGUGGAAAAUUGGCAACACCUUAAAACAUCCUUCCAACCCUGUGUGCUAAACUGGGCUGAAGUCUAGAUGCAUUACUCCAUUGGCUGCAGUCAUACUGACAAUUGAUCUGGAUUUUGUGCAUUCCAGCCAUUUACAUUCUUAGUGCAAUAACUUGUAUUUUAUGUUUCUAUUGAAAUAAAAUAUGUCUUAUA